AUGCCAUAUAUUGACUUUAUGAGGCGUAUUAAGCGUCUGAUGUGUCAAGAAUUAAAGCAACGUAAACAUAACUCGUGUACAUUAAAAGAAAAACUGGAAGUGUUGAAAAGACUUGACAAAGGUGAAAGUGCCACUCAGUUAUCGAAGGAAUUUGGUGUCGGGAAAGCAACAAUUUCCGAUUGGAAAAAGAACAGAGGUAAAAUUGAGCAGUUUUGCGCUACCACAAGUGAAAAAACGAUUGAAAAACGUAGCAAGACGACAGUGUCUUCUUACGAAAAAUUGGACGAAGCACUUUUCUUAUGGUUUACACAAGAAAGACAGAAAGGAAUCCCUAUCACUGGCCCUCUAAUUCAAGAAAAGGCGCUUCAAUUGAACAAGCUCAUGGAUGGUGACGUAUCAUUUACGGCUAGUUGUGGUUUCUUAGACCGAUGGAAGAAAAGACACGGAAUCAGGCAGCUUACAAUAACUGGGGAGAAAUUGUCAGCGGACAACAAAGCAGCUGUUGAAUACCUUGAGGAGUUCAAAUGCAUCAUUUCUUCCUACUCGCCCCAGCAAGUUUACAACGCAGAUGAGACAGGACUUAACUUUAAAGCAUUGCCUACCAAAAGUCUUGCAUCACAAGAGGAACGAUCUGCACCAGGGUUUAAAAUGGAUAAACAGCGCCUAACUGUAAAUCAAAAGAAAGCUUGGAUGGAUCGUGCCUUGUUCCAAGAAUGGUUUGACAAGCAAUUUGUGCCAAAAGUAAAGGCGUUUAACAAAGAAAAUGGAUUGCCUCCUCGUGCUUUGUUACUUAUAGACAAUGCUCCGUCACAUCCAGAAGAAAUGCAAGUUGUUUGCGAUGAUAUCAAGGCUAUUUUUCUCCCACCAAAUGUCACAUCGAUUUUGCAGCCAAUGGACCAAGGGGUUUUGCAGGCUUUGAAACAGAAUUAUAGAAAAAUGCUUCUUCGUAGCCUACUUGAAGAUAAUGAAGAGCUAACAAUUUUGGAUAAACUCAAGAAAAUGAACAUCAAAGAUGUUAUUUACUGGGUUGCUGAAGCUUGGGAAAACACACGCAAGGAAUCCUUACAGAAGUCUUGGAAAAAUCUCUGGCCUGAGCUAGAGUUUGUCCAAACAGUUUUCCCCCCGACAAAAGAAAAUUGCGAACUUCUUCAAUUGGUGAAAAGAAUGCCAGGUUGUGAAAAUGCAGAAGAAGAGUGCGUGGAAGAGUGGACGGCCGUUGACGACUGUGGCCAUGAAGAAUACACAGACAAAGACAUUGUGGCAGCUGUGCAGGGAACGUCAGCUGAUCUCGAUGCAGACGACAGUGAGGAGGAAGGGGACGCGCCGACUGAUGUUGUUCCACACACUGCGCAGCCAGUGCCCUUGAUCUCGCUUUGCGCUACGUUGAGCAACACGCCGAUGCAACCCCAACAGAUGUUAUGUUUAUGCGGCGUUGGCGAAACAUUGCUUCUUCAAGCCGUUUUAGUUCGUUGCGUCAGAAGAAGAUCACUGACUUUACCUCUUAGAUAA